AUGACAAACUACCCUUCCUUCAACACGGCUACCUGCACCACCGCAAGUCCCUCCAUGAUGAAUAGUAUGAAUGCUUCUGACCAAGAAGCGGUCCCACUGUUGCACCUGCUGGGCCAAGGUGGUCUCUUCCAAGCAUCUGAGAGGUCCUUAGCAUCCCAACAACAGUCGCAGCAGUCACCCUCUAAUGCGCAGUUGCUUCCAGUUGUCAAUUCCAUUCUGGCAGAAGCUCUGGCUCUGAUUGAUGAUGAUGAUUUUGACAUGUUUUCCCUAGAAGAGGUUUCAUACGCAGGCAGUGGGGUGCAAGAUCAUUCGUCGUAA